CUAUGUUUAGUUUAAUUUAGCGACAUCCAUAUUUUAGUGUCAUUUAGACAUUCCAAUAAAGGUUUAAGAGAAUUUUUAUUGAUCUGUUUCAGUGGAAGAUAUAUCUGCCUAGCAAUGGAAAGAAAUACUGUGUUUUUUAAAAAAUGGAUCCUAAGGUCAGUGAAAAAAGAACAGUCCCCAGACUAGAUUAAGGAAGCAAUAAAAGAUUUUACCAUUAGGGCAUUGGCUGCUGAAAAUGGGUCUUUUCCCUCAUAUUUGAAUAAUAAAUUAUAAAUCAGUCAGCAACACUAGUAAUGUCUUGGCUAUAUUUUGAAAUCAGAUUAAUGGUAUCUUGAUUUAAAACAGGUGUCAAUUUUGUUAAGAAACAUCAAAAUUUCUGGGCAAUUCCAAACCUUUGAACGCAACUGUUUUUUAGUUUUUGUCAAUAGUUGAAAAUGAGAUUCUAGCUACUGGUUUUCAGGAAAUGCGUACUGUUCAGUUACUGUUGACCUAAUCAGGAAACACAAGCAAUAAUCUGGUUAUGACUGAAUAUUUCAGAUGUUUGGAUACAGAAACAAAUUAACUUCCUACUUGCACUGUAGCUUUCGAAAAAUAUAAGAAAGGCAAUUCUCCAUCUUCCAUGGCAUGAAUCUGAGAUGCAUGUGCCCAGGAGGUUUCUUCUAGACUGGUCCAUCUUUCUGAGUGCACACUUCAUGCCCUUCCUCUGCCAAAUUCUCUGUUCUGGCUAUAAAUAUAUUUUUUUUCUUUGUCUUUCCCAUUUGGUCAGACAUCUUAUACACUUAGUGUAGGUGCUGCGCCACUAAUAAUUGAACAAAUUGAAUCCACAGUCACAGGGACCGGAGAUGGUUCUGAUAACCAAUCAUGGAUGAGGUGCCAAACCAUCCCAGAAGACACUCACUCAUACAUGGCUAUUAUCAUAAAAUACAAAAAAAAAAAAAACAGGUAGUUGCCAUGGGAUUUUUUUCACACUACAGUUAUCGCGGGAUCUUUGACUUUAAGUUCUAGUGCAGGCAGUGAAAACUGGGCUUUGUCAGACUUGUGACUUCUCUCAGCAGGAUUUUUGCUAAUGAAUGUAGCAGAUCAAUGCCCUAAAGGUUAUUUUCUUUCUGUUUUUUUAGCUGUGAUAUUCUCUUUGUAUGGCUGCAAUAGCUGACAGUGACAAAUAACUGGUGGGACUCAACAAUUUCUGAAGGUGACUGUAUCACAGUCAGAAAUACUUAAGAUGUGCAAAUACCAGGUCACUGAAGUUAAGACAUGGAUUUGGUUUAAAACACUGGAGUGGGUGCUCUUUCAAAGGAAGAUGUAAGAGAAGCAGGAUUAGCAGCCACCCUCUCUCUUCUCAGAUUGCUGGGUUGACACCUGUCUGGCCAGAGUUCAUUUCAAAUGAUGGGUUUGCUGAAAGUAGUGAGCUGCUGGAGUGUUCUUGAGUGUGUAUUUCUAGGGUGGCACAUCGCAAUGCUCACUCACCGAUGUCACACCGUGUAUGCCAACUCAGUCACCAUACCACCCGAUUUGCCCUCAGUCUCUGCAGAAGUGAUAGUGAACAGCACUGAAUGCAGCCACACUUGCGGCCUAGGUCUCCAGGUAGAUGUAGUGUGCACUAUUGCAAUGGACGGCAAACAUGAAAAGUGUGAAGAGAGGAAUGUGGAAUGCGUCAUCAACUGGGUGUGUGGCCUGACUAGCUUUACUGCCACAGUUGGCUCCCGGCAGGUGCUGGAUUGUGUAAGUAAUGUUAUCAACUUUUUUGGCAAAUUUAAAUUUAUCUUCACGUGGAGGUAUGCCCGUGGUAUUGUCACCACUGACGAUGCUUACUUCAAGCGCUACGAGACCAAAACAGUGGAGAAGUUGGUCCUCAAUCCUGUUAAGGAGACAGAUGCAGGUACAUAUCGCUGCGAUGUUCAGUCUAGUUCUUACAAAAUGGUCCAAAGGGCCUAUUUUGCAGUCAAGGUGUUGCCUCCAAAUAUGGUGUAUCUGGACUAUGAUCAGUGGCUCUUAGCUUCAAGGGAGAAGGAAAUCAAACAAUCAAGCCCCAAAUCAAUUUUUCCAUGGCGAAGAAAGGUCGUCAAGCCUACCUCAGAGCCUGACUUAAAUGAUCUCAAGUUAAAACUCGCCAUUUAUAGUCUGUGUGGAACAGUGGCAGGGGCAAUCAUCAUUUGUUUGGUCCUAGCUUAUGUCAACCGAGAUUUACCAGAUUUGAAAAAAAAUCAGAAAUGAUGUGAGGAAAUUGUUCGCUGGAAGGACUUUGACAUUAGCAUUGGAAACAUUAAAGCAAAGAAACAGCUCUUUGUGCUGGGUGGAAUUAAACAACCAACUGUGGAACUAGGCCUGCAAAUCGAUGACUCCAAACAUAUUGAAUUUAUUAUUUUUGCACAAAUUGACAGAAAAAGUCUGAUAUCGGGAACUACACUCUUCAGAGCUCUUUGGGGCAUUUCCAUUCAUU